AUGUCUCAAUCGGCAUCUCAAUCGCACCUACACUUUGUCACGAUCACCGGACCCGGCUCAAUGCCACGGGCAGACAGUGAUGGCCAUCAAUCGUUGCGUUCUCUGGUCAUGCAAUCGUAUGCCAGACACAAAAACGACCCCAACUGGAAAUUCUCCCCUGCGAGUAUUUCCACAGAUAUCAAGACUCACGUCACUAGAUUCAAGACAGCUAAAAGGUCCAAACCUCUCAAGCGGUCAAAACGACGAAAGAAAGCGGAUAGUACUAGAAACAAUCCGGUCAGACUUCGCCACAUCGCUUCAGCUACUUCUGCUCUCUCCGCGCACGAUCUUGACACGGUAGAUCCGUUUCAGACUCUCUCCAUCGAUCUCUCUGAAUCAGAAACUUUGAGUCUGUUGCAGUAUUAUCAUGUUUCAUUUACUGCGAAUUCAUAUGCUUGCAAUCCAGAAGGACUGUGGUUUAGUACUGCGCUGAUGGACACCGCUAUACUACAUGCAACACUGGCAUUGGUUGCCAUUCAUUGGCGAGACACAGCCUCCACAGAUACAUCGAAGCUGUAUCUUAAACACCGUGGGGAGGCUAUGAAUAUCAUUGUGCGACGCCUCAGUGUUGCCGACCAAGCGGUUAGCGAAGCUACUAUUGGAGCUGUAGCGUUGCUCUCAAGUUCUGACAACCAUUUCGAUUGGUCUCCUGAAGUUCAGUUACAACAUUCAUUAGGACUCGCCAGAUGUAUUGCCUUGCGUGGAGGGAUGAAGUCCUUGAGCACCAAUCGGCAGAUCCUGCGUGUGGCGGGUUGGGCUGAUUUGCUACAUGCCGCUUUGCACAACACUAAGCCACGUCUCGAGCUGCCUUUCGUGAGCGCCAUGACUGAACGAUCUGCUGAGGGGACGAUCAAAGUUACCGACCAAGGCGCAAAGAUUCCUUUCCACCCCUCGGAUGCUGUAAGAGUACAGCAUAUGCCUUUUGCAAUGGCACAAACAAUUCAAGUUCUAAGGGAGUUGACAGGAACGAAGCUCUCAUUGCUGAAGGAUCGUAACAGGGAAGUCUGCCAAAGCUUCAGCAAUUCUCUCUGGAGGCUUGAGUAUAGUAUUUUGUCGCCACAAUCCUCAGGGGUUGGGGUUGACUCCUUACAAGAUGCCGAUCAAUUUCCCGGCGCUUCUUUAACUGACUGUGUCGGUACUGCUGCGUUGAUACUCUCCUACUCAUCCUUGAGAGACCUAGUGGCUCCCGUUCUGUUCAACAAAUUGGGCAGCCGAUUAAAGUCACAAUUGUCACACAUCAACUCACUGGAAGAUUUCGAAACUGCGAAAUCCGAGAAAAGGUCAAAGACCACUAGACCCCAUGCUCUUGGCGAGGACGAGCUAUCCAUCGUUCUUUGGGUUUUAUAUCUUGGUUGGAAAAGUUCGGCGCAGAACAGAUCGAAUCGGGAAUGGUUUUCAAGCCGUGUCGCUCGCCUGUGUUGGCAGAACGAAGUACUAUCGGAGAUGGUACUUCUGGAAAGGCUACGGAGAGUCAUACCCUUCCAGCAGUAUCUGGAUCUGAAAGCAUUGUGGAACGGAAUCGAACAGAGUUUUAUCUCUGAGAUAUCUGCGGACUCAGUUUACACUGAGGGCGAAUACUCGUUUGAGAUUUGA